CUGUAUUUACAAACAUGAAGCGACAAUCAUCUGAUAGUCAUGUUUUAAAAGAAGACUAUGUAAUCAAAGAAAAAGACGAUGAAUUGAUAAAAGAUGAUCUUGAUAUUCAAAUUGUCAAUGAACUAGCUUCAAUUCAAGAUGAUCCUUCACUACCUUGUUUUACGUUACGUGCGCUUGUGGUCGGCAUAGUAUUGGCUUGUUUAGGGUCCUCAGUCUAUCAAUUGAUGACAUUCAAACCUGUAGGACUUCCUUUGACCAAUACGUUCAUGCUCAUGCUAGCUUAUGUCUUUUGCCACGCAUGGACACGAUGGGUACCCCCUCAUCCAUGGUUCAAUCCAGGUCCAUUUAACCUUAAAGAACAUGCAUGUAUUUACGUCUUGGUAUCGUCUGCCAAUGCCUCUGCUUAUGCCACGUAUAUCUUGUCAGCCCAAGACUUGUACUACAAUCAUGCACCUGGACCUGCAGGUGCGAUUUUUCUCUUAAUGGCCACACAAAUGGUAGGUUAUGGUAUCGCAGGACAACUCAAGACGUUUUUGGUGGAUCCACCGCAUAUGAUAUGGCCUACGUCUUUACCCACGGUAAGUUUGUUGGUCACUUUAAAUCAACAAGCGUCGCGAUGGCGUACUCGGUUUUUUUUUCUGGUAUUCGCAGGUGUGUUUUUUUAUGAGUUUAUACCUCAGUAUAUGAUGCCUAUCCUGGGAGGUGUCUCUGUUGCUUGCUUGGCCAAUACGAAUGCUGUCUGGAUUCAACGGCUGUUUGGUGGAUUGGCAGUGAAUGAAGGAUUGGGUAUCUUGAGUCUCAGUUUUGACUGGAAUUAUCUGUCUAACUUGAGUCCCUUGGUCUUGCCUUUGUAUGUUCAGCUGAACAUCUAUAUAGGCAUUGUAUUGUUAUGGAUCAUUGCGCCUUUACUGUACCAUUUUAAUGUAUGGCAUGCACAAAGUUUUCCCUUCUUAUCCAAUUCGAUUUUUCAAUUGCUGGCCAAUGGCACGUCUGUUAUUUAUCCCCAACAUCAAGUCUUGAAUCCAGAUAACUCGUUGAACCAGACAGCACUAGAACAGAUUGGUCGACCUCAUUUCUCUGCCGUGGCUGCAUUUGGAUAUGUCAUGAUGAAUGUGGGCGUGACAGCCUCUAUUACUCAUAUAGGAUUAUUUCAUGGCAAAGAUAUCUAUCAAUCUGUUAAACAAGGUCUCUCUCGAUUUGGCUGGUAUCAACACUGUAGAGGCAAAGUAGCAGAAAAAGGGCCAUCUUUAGACACCGUGUAUCCACAAGUGCCUACAUGGUGGUAUUAUGUGGUCUAUAUAAGCGGUAUUGGUCUUAAUAUUUUAGUUGCUUAUGUCAAUCAAUCUCAAUUACCUUGGUAUGGUGUCUUGAUUGCUAUUUUUAUGUCUACUUUCUUGUCUUUACCUUUAAAUAUGAUCACUGCUAUUACAGGCACAGGAUUUGGCUUGAAUGUGUUUGCGGAAAUGAUUGGCGGGUUUAUCUUUCCUGGUCUACCUGUGGCUAAUAUGUACUUUAAGACAUUGGGUUAUAAUACACUCCAUCAAGCAGGUGUGAUGGCUACAGAUUUAAAGAUCGGUCAAUAUCUCAAUAUACCACCCAGAGCUAUUUUCUUGAACCAGUUUUUGGGUACAUCCAUAGGCUGUAUUUUUAACUAUAUUGUGAAUCAUGCAAGUACAAGUAUCAUUCAAACUCAAAGACAAGUCUUGUUGGAUCCUAUCGGCAAUAAUAUAUGGAAUGGUGCUUCACCUCAAACCGUGAAUGCUGCUGCUAUUACUUGGGGUGCCAUUGGACCAAUGCAUAUGUUUGGUCCAGGCACAGACUAUUAUAUCAUUCUCUGGGGAUUUGUGAUUGGCUUUAUUGUGCCUCUUCCGUUUUGGUUAUUGCAUCAAUACUAUCCCUCUCUAGGGUUUAAUUAUGUCAAUAUACCUAUGGUACUUGUCGGGUUAACCAUUGUGCCAGGAUCAGCCACCAGUUGGAUCACAGUCUCAUUCAUUAUUACUGUUGUAUCUCAAUAUUAUAUCAAGCGACGCUAUCGUGCCUUGUUUAUCAAAUAUAACUACCUUGUAUCUACAGCCUUGGACUCAGGUACUUCUCUCAUGGUGUUUAUGAUUGCCAUGUUUCUUUAUGGAGGAGCCACAGGUACAUCCAUUCCAUUUCCUACCUGGUGGGGUAACAGAGCAGACUUAAAAUACAUGGACCAUUGUUGCGCCACUUGCUAA